AUGGCAUUGGAAAAACCUGAAGGCAAAAGUGCAAAACAUCCAGUACUUGAAAAAAGAUGUCAGCAUGAGCCUCGCGGCUGUAACAUCAGCUGCCUGCCAGGCCUCCAAACCAGCACAGUGGGACAUGCCCGAACGGACAGGGGGCGGAGCCUAAGGAGGUGGGAAGCACCCAGCCCGACUGCCCAGCUGGAAACGAACUCAGUCCCUGCCGGCUCUCCAUUCCGCCAGAGUGUAGCUCGGCGUGGGGAGAGCCCGCUAGGGCGAGGUGGGAAGGGGGGGUGGGGCGUGUUGCGAAGCUCACGGCCAGCGGUGGAUUAUCCGGGACACUUUGCGCCUGGGGGCUGCGAAGUGAGCGAGGAAGACAAGGGCAUGCUCAGUGGUGGCGGCGGUGAUGAGGGCCUUUCCAACGCCGCGGCGCGGGGGCAAGUGGAGGCCGUGCGGCAGCUCCUUGAAGCCGGUGCGGAUCCCAACAGACUCAACCGCUUCGGGAGGAGCCCGAUCCAGGUCAUGAUGAUGGGCAGCGCCCGCGUGGCCGAGCUGCUGCUGCUCCACGGUGCGGACCCCAACUGCGCGGACCCCGCCACCCUCACCCGACCCGUGCACGACGCCGCCCGGGAGGGCUUCCUGGACACGCUGGUGGCGCUGCACCGAGCCGGGGCGCGGCUGGACGUGCGCGACGCCUGGGGCCGCCUGCCCGUGGACCUGGCUGAGGAGCGGGGCCACCGCGACGUUGCUCGCUACCUGCGCGCGGCCGAGGGAGACUGA